UGGGUUACUUGAUAAAUAUAAAAAACAAAAGCAUAACAAAGCAAUAUUUUUAGCACAAGCAGCGUGUAUCGACUUCUUGCUUAUGCUGAGUGUGAAUUGCCUGCAUGAAUGACCAACCGGUGCACUGACUCACUAACUCACUCACCGGCUUAUUCAUCGCACAAUGCUGAGUCGUUAGACUGGCUUGCUGCCAGCCAGAUGCUCAUAUACAUAUGUUUGCAUGUGUGUGUAUAUAUACAUCGACUUGUGGUAGUUUUUAUUGCUGCCGGCUGUGUGCCUGUACGCCUAUGCUAUAGGCAGAAGGGAACAAAGGAAGCCACAAGCAUUGGCUAUGGAUGGCUGGGUUAGCUGGCGCGCUGAAGUUGAACAUGUUCUGGCAAAGGCGCGCAGCCGCAGUUGUAAAGGGAUAUGCGUGCCGUAAAGAACUACGCGUAAUGUGGCACGGAUGAAUGCGACUUAAUGUAACUACAUUCCUAAUUAUUUGCAAAGGAAUAUUGUGUUUUAAGUGCUAUAUGAAAUUAUUGAUUGCUUUGUAAUAGAGAGUGCGCUAUUAGAAAAACCUUGAAGAAUGUAAAAAAUAUGCAAAAAAAAAUAUUAAUUAAAUAAUUUAGUAAUUAAAAAUUAUUCUUGCUUGUGCGAAAAAUAUAUUUCUAUGCACACAUACAUACAUAUAUGCAAAAGUAGUGUACCUUCCACCGCAUCCUUAAGCGAAGCGACAAACGUCUGCAGCAGUUAGUGCAACAACAACAACAAAUACGCCUAGUGAACUCGUGCGCUCAUUUAGCCCUACGCCGCGGCUGUUAAAUUCGCUUUAAAAGGUCACACACACAUACAUACCAUAUUUGUAUAUUGUGCGCGUGGAGUCGAGGCAAACGAGUACGGAAGUACAUACAUAUGUAUAUAUAUGUAUGCAUAAAUAUGUAUGUAUGUAUAAGCACAUAUCUCAAUAAUACAAACGCAAGUAAAGGUAUUGCAAUAAGAAAAUUAGGGGGUUCUUGGAGGGGAGUACCGAUAAUAGUGGCAGCUGCUAUUUUUCGGUUACUUCAAAUAUAUUAAUUUUAUAUAUAUGUGUGUGUGUGUUUAAAAGUGCAUAUAAACGAAAAUAUUUACAUAUUUACACCUAUACAUACAUAUGUUGGCACGGCAGCUGCUUGAAAUGAAAUUGUAUUUGCUGCUAAAAAUAACCUACGCUAUAACAGAAAUACGAGCUUCAGCUAUUUGAAGCCGACGAAAAAAAAUAAUAAGUGUAAUAAGAAAAUAUGAGCGUGCAUUUAUUUAAAAAUCUGCUCAGAAUAAACUAAAGGCCUGUUUUUGCAUAUUAAAUGGCGAUGCUCUGGUGAAAUUAUGUUAAAAUAUUGCAUACGCAUAUAAAAAGUAUAUUUAUAAAUGAUUUAAAAAAUUCUCCAAACUUACUUAUAAAUGUCUAAUACGCUGCCUAGUGUCAAAAAUAUCCACAUACUAACCUAAAAUCCACUAAAAUUAUACCCAAAACCAUUAUAAAGUGAAAUUGAGCGCAAAAAUACAGUUAUCAAUUUAAAAAAAAAUUCCACAAAAUAACAUUAUUACAUCAUUUUUAUACAACAACUAGUCCGAAAUGGCCCACAGUCUCCAAGGACAACAGUUGCGCAAGGCAACUGCCUUCGUUGUCGGCACGAACUGUAGCCUUUACAUAAUUAUCAUCACGUUGACAAUGUAUCUAGCAGCACUGCAAGUGGCCACCGCAUUGUCAGAGUAUACACACGCGCAUCAGCGGCAUCACCGACAUCAGCAGCAUGGCGUUGCCGCAGCAAAUACCACUGCCGCGGGCAGCAGCGACGGCAGCAGUACGAGCAGCAUUGCCACCACUGGUACUGCUACCAGCAAUGUGUCGUUUGGCAUGCAUCACACCAAUUGGCGUCGCAUUGAAAUGAUGGAUGCCAAUGGCCUGUACUGGCUGGAGUGGUGGCUGAAAGGCACCACCUCGAAGGAGAUACACUUUCGUGCCACUGUCAAUACACGCGGCUUCAUUGGACUCGGUUUUGCGCGGAAGUAUCCCCGCAUGGCCAAUGCUGAUUUGGUGUUGCUGUGGGUCGACGAUCGUACCGGCAAAGCAAAUGCGCUGGAUUGCCAUGGCUCAGCAAAGCAUCCCAAUGCAGCCCCGAUUCAGGACGAUACGCAAAACUACAAUGUGAUUGAUGGUGGACAAAAUGGAACGCACACCUGGGUAGAAUUCUCACGUAAAUUGGAGACUUGCGAUCCAUACGAUUUGCCAUUGGGGGUUGACACCGUCAAAGUUCUAUGGACAUUCGGUGAAAGAGAUCCUAUUUAUGGCGACUUAAAGGGACAUGGCAAAAAUCGCGGUUACAAAUCACUCAACUUGCUUGGACCAAUGUUUCGUAAAGAGGCCAACCCUGACACACACAAAUGGGAUGUUACAGUGCAGAAUGUCACAAUUGAGCCCAGCAUGGACACGUUAUACUGGUGUAAGAUAAUACGCGCGCCCACGCUAAGUGAGAAGCAUCACAUAAUUGGUUAUGAAGCAUUGUUAUCACGUGAGAGCAACACCAACCAACCGCUUGUACACCAUAUGACACUCUUUGAAUGUACGACCAAGUCAUAUCCGGGCUCUGAUCCACACUCGUGGGAGGUGUGGGUGAAGAGCAGCGGCGCGGUAUGCAACAGUAAUUUAUUGACGCCACACGAUUGGGACUCCUGCAUAACACCAGUGGCGGUGUUGUCUAUUGGCUCGACAGGACAAUUUCUGCCACAGCAUGUCGGCAUACCGGUGGGCGGCAAGCAAGGCGCUAAAUAUUAUAUGCUAGAGAUACACUACGACAAUCCACACGCACAGCAAAUGGUGGAUCACUCGGGCUUUCGCAUACAUUACACGAGUCAUUUGCGGCCUCACGAUGCUGGCAUUAUGAUUUCCGGCGUCUCGGUUUCGGACACACAACUUAUUCCACCCGGUCAGAAGCUAUAUCGUAACAUUGGCAUCUGUGGGCCUUCCUGUUCGAAUGUGAUGUUUCCCGCUGACGGCAUUAAAAUCAUCUCCGGCACAUUGCAUUCACAUCACGCUGGCCGCAAAAUGACGCUGCGUCACGUGCGCGACGGCAAGGAGCUGGAGCGCAUUAUCGAGGAUGACAAUUAUGAUUACAACUUCCAGCAGGUGCGUCAGCUGGAACAAGAAGUCGUUGUAAUGCCGGGCGAUUACAUUAUUACCGAUUGUGCUUAUGAGACAUUGAAUCGCAAACAACCGACAUUCGGUGGUUACUCAACCAAACAGGAGAUGUGUCUGUCCUUUAUCACCUACUAUCCACGCAUUGAGUUGGCUGGCUGCUAUAGCAUGACACCGGUGCGUGAAUUUUUCGAAACAUUUGGUGUUUAUCAAUUUUACUCGCUCAACAUGACAGAUGUGGAGAAUUUAUUCCUUUACAACGGUAAUGUCUUGGACUAUAUACCGAAUACGAUUUAUGCCAAAACGAAAAAGAAUCGCGUUAAUAUGACUGAUGAAGAGCGUCUCUAUGAAGAAUCGUUGUUAAACAAGCUAAUCAUUUCCGAUCCCGUUGAGUUCCAUGACCGCACAUUUUUAUCACAUUUAAAGCAAUUGCCUUGGUCUGAGCCACUUUUUACGAAGCGCGUCGAACAAACCAUGAUUACUGGCAAGCAUAUGACAUUCUGCAGGGUGUCCAAUGAGUCGGUAUCAAUACCCUCGGAGAUUAUACGUUAUCCGAACUUUACAACGUACGUGAAGGAACCCAGCAUUUGUCCAUUUCAAAUGCUAAUGGAUAGUGCACCACUCAACCAGGGUACAGCGAUAACGUUGCAAACCGCAACCAUAACACUCUCAAACGUGGUACUGAUGCUACUUAACUGCUAUUUAUGCUAGUUCAUGAUAAUUUAUAUGUAUUUGUAUUACACAGUAGUAUUAUUUAGUGUAUCGAAGCCUCAAAAAUUAUUUUAUUUAUUUAUUUAUUUUAAUUUAAUAUUAUAUACUUCGCUAUAAAAAAUGAAUAAAAAUAAAAAGUGGUGGUUAAUAUUAUAAUAUAUAUAAUAAGAUUAGUAUAUAACUAAUGAUAAAAAAAAUUUAUUUAGAAUUGUCAAAAAGUACACGAAAAUUAUUUUCUCUAUUAUAUUUAAUUUAUAUAAAAUCAUUCUGCAACACAACUAGUAACAAGUAGUCAUAUUCUCUAAGUAACAACAAAAAAAAAAAAGUAUUUAAAACAAGAGAAAUAGUCAUACAUUAUGCCUACAUUACU